GCUGUCUCUAUGGUCCAGGGGAGCCGCUCUAGCCCCGCCUCGCUGUCUCUAUGCUCCCUGGGAGGUGUCAUGGCAGCCCUGCGUUCUCUCUUGCUGCUGUCGGUGUCCCUGGCGUUGUGCGCGGCCGUGUAUGAGGACCAAGUGGGCAAGUUUGACUGGUGAGCAAUGGACGGGCAGCGCUGGGGCCUGGGACCCGCCAGGGUAUCGGUAACAUUGUGUCACUACAGCAGCGGCCUCAGCGUGGGAGCCAUAACAAUCCUAUCAAAUAAUAUAACCCGGGGGGGGGCAUGGGAGGGCAGGAGGGGGGGAGAGAGAGAGGGCCCCUGGGAGGGGAGAGAGGACAGAAGGGCCCCUGGGGGUAAUGGGAGAGAGAGGGCAGGGAAGGGCCCCUGGGGGGGCAUGAGAGAGGGCAGGAAGGCCCCUGGGGGGGCAUGGAGAGAGAGGGCAGGAAGGGCCCCUGGGGGGCAUGGGGAGAGAGAGGGCAGGAAGGGCCCCUGGGGGCAUGGGAGAGAGGGCAGGAAGGGCCCCUGGGGGCAUGGAGAGAGAGGCAGGAAGGCCCCUGGGGGGGGGCAAUGGGAGAGAGGGCAGGGAAGGCCCCGAGGAAAAGUGGGAGAGAGGCAGGAAGGCCCCCUGGAGGGGGCAUGGGAGAGAGGGCAGGAAGGCCCCUGGGAGGGGCAUGGGAGAGAGAGGGCAGGAAGGGCCCCUGGGGGGGGCAUGGAGAGAGAGGGCAGGAAGGGCCCCUGAGGGGGCAUGGAGAGAGAGGGCAGGAAGGGCCCCAAAAGGGGAGAGAGAGGACAGGAAGGUGGCCCUCGGGAGUGGGGGGCACAUGGGAGAGAGAGGGUGAAGGGCCCCCAAAGUAGUGGAAAGAGAGGACAGGAAGGGCCCCUGGGAGUGGGGGGCAUGGGAGAGAGAGGGGAGGAAGGGCCCCUGGGGGGGCAUGGGAGAGAGGGAGAGGAAGGGCCCCUGGGGGGGGGCAUGGGAGAGAGAGAGUGGCAGGAAGGCCCUGAGGGGGCAUGGGGAGAGAGGGCAGGAAGGGCCCCUGGGAGGGGGGUAGAGAGAGGUGGCAGGAAGGGCCCCUGGGGCAUGGGAGAGAGAGGGCAGGAAGGGCCCCGGGGCAUGGGAGAGAGAGGGCAGGAAGGGCCCCUGGGGGGGGGGCAUGGGAGAGAGAGGGCAGGAAGGGCCCCUGAGGGGGGGGGCAUGGGAGAGAGGGCAGGAAGGGCGGGUGGCUAAUUGAACAGUGGGCAAUGCGUGUCAUUAGCUACAGAGAGGACUUUCAGGGCCCCUGGUUUGCCUAUUGAAGGUGGAGGGUAGUAAGUGGUUUAUUGUGAGAGAGUACGCUGUCAUAAAUCAUGUUACUGAAUUCUUAAUCUUUUUAUUUAUUUUGGGGAGUGGGGGGUUUCUUUCAAAAGCAGCUGAGAUGACUGACAGAUAAUUCACCUUUCAGACUCUUCAUGGGGAAUUCAUUUAAUAUAUGAAAGUCGUAGGUCUUGAAUAAUUCUACAGUUAAGAUGCGAUCAGUUCAAAAUAUAACCUUUCAGCAUCAUUUUUUCACCUUGUAUAUGGAGUCUUUCCUAUUUUGAAAAGCUCUGAAUAUCUAUUGCUACCGUGCAAUGAAGCUUGCAGAAAAUAGAUUGGCAUUUGUAGUUUUGAAUGAUCUGUGUGUUUUCGUUGCCCAGGAGGCAGCAAUAUGUGGGUCGCCUGAAGUUUUCAUCGUUGGAAUCUGGACAGGGAGCAAAAAAGCUGAUUGCAGUAACAGAGAAGAAUGUCAUUACAGCCUUGAAUUCCAGAACAGGAGAUAUUUGUAAGUGGAUCAUAUACUUUUUUUAUAUUGUAAUCGGAGCGAUACUUACUUUAGCCAUAAAAAAUGUUUGCCUUAGCUAGUAUCAAAACUACAUUCCAGCUUGUAGAUUGAUCGUGGAAGGCGAAACGGCUGAAUUAGUCACAAAGGUAACUUUGUUAGUGCAGCAGGCUUGUAAGCCCUGAGUUAGAUCACCAUCUGUAUCAUAUUCAUGCCAUACUAUCUUUUGCAGUGUGGCGCCAUGUCGAUAAGGACACCUCUGAGGGUUCUGUGGAUGCCCUUCUUAUGUAUGGUCAGGGUAAGUGUACUUUCUUUUGGCUGCAGUGAAAGUACAACUUAAAAUGUUGUGUUCAUUCGUCUCAGUUCCCUUGUUUUGUCUGCAGAUGCAAUUACUAUUUCUGGAGGGCGCUUGCUGCGUUCCUGGGAAUCAAACAUUGGAGCUCUGAACUGGGAAACUGUGCUCGAGCCAGCAACGUAAGAAACCUUCAAUUUUGGUGUUAAACGCAUUGUUCAUCACUCUUGUGUCUGAGAAGUUGUGGCCUAAAUGUAUUGAUUUUUAUUUUAAUGUACUUUGGGUGUAAAAUGUAAAAAACAAAAUUUGUUUUUCUUCUUGUUCUUUGGUGGAGGUGGGGGGGAUGCAUUCUAGUAAACUAUACUCUUUUCCCGUGGGUUGAUAUUGCACUAGAAAACACACUGGAUGUGAAGAUAAUUCAGUCAGUGCACAGUGCUUGUUAAUAAGUUUGGCUAAUGCCACAUAGUGAUAUGUUUCAUAACCAGUUCACUGACUGUGACUCUAUAAAGUCUGACAUUUACUGACUAUUAGUAUUUUAUCUACAGAAGUCACCAUUAAAGUCUAUUGGAAUAUUUGUAUAUAAAUCCUAUGGAAAGUUUUUCUAACAGAUUGUGAUUGGUUUGCCUGCACCCCUUAGUUUUCAGAUGGUGAGUUUUGCUGGUACCCAGGAGACAGCUCGUUAUGUGGCAGUAUUGAAGAAUUCUUACAUUGCACUUUACUUCCUUUCCAAUGGACACCAAAAGUGGUCUGAGCCUCUCCCGGACAGGUGAGACCUUGGAAUCUUUGUUAGAUACCUGUUGCCUGCUUUCUGUAUAUUUCUAUUAACAUUAAGCUAGAUUGGCCACGCAGGGGUCUUAUUGUCCUCUAUACUGUAAGCUGAUUAAUGCAUGGCUGUAAGCACACAAUCUACACACAAAGUACAUUCUCGCAGCCUCCACUACUGCAGUAAAUACAGAUGUAUACUUAUUUGACUGUCCCUUUCACCAUUAAUGCCUUGACUAAUGUUUUCACUAGUGAUACUGUGCAAUACCAGCUGCUGCACUCCUCCUAUAAAGGCGUGGUCCACGUGGUAGGGAUCGUCCCUCAUUCACACAUCAGUGUUCUGACCUUCAGCGUGGAGGAUGGAUCUAUCAGUAGCCGGGUUAGUUGAUGCGGAUAGAGCUCCUGGAGAUGGAAUGGGAGUCGUUAUUACUAAACAUUCACGGAUUUCUGUUUUCACAGAUUCAGGUGCCCACACCGUGGCUUUCCAGCCUGCAGGGCUUCUGUGGCGUGGUCGGAGAUGGUGUACUGAUUUGUGCAGAUGCAGUGUCUGUUUCACUCCACAUUCUUCCCUUGCAGUCUGGCGAGGAGAUGAUUAAGUAUCCACUGCAGGUUAGUCCUAACAUUCUACAGAGGUGUGAUCAAGCUUCAGUGGUGUAUCGUGCUGUUAUAUGUGUGAAUUGUUCAGCUCUUGCUCAAUGGCGUCACUGUUUCUUUGUAGUCCUUGGGUGUGGAACUGGUGGAAGACAUCAAGCAGCUGAGUGUUAUAACCGCCCCUCGUGGACCCGUGGGGAUGGCACUAUCACAAUUCUUCAUUCAGAUCAGCCCCCGGCGAUUCUUAUUAAUGCAGUAUCGAGAUGGAACAGUCAGCCCACUGCGGGACUUUCCACAGGUGCGGGUAUUCGUAUGGAAGGGCAGCAGCAUAAUCUGCGAGAUGUGCAAGAUUUUUUAUUAGACCUAACUAGCUUUAGCAGUGAAUCUUUACUGUAAUAUUGUCUGACUGCUGGUAUUUGCUGUAUUUUGGGUUAUAUUCUUCACUAAAGUAUCACACACUCUUCUUUCCUUUUACAGAUUUCUUUGGUGACAUUUGCUUCCACGGCAGACAAGACGGUAGCAGCUGUUAUGCAGUGCAAGACUGAUAUGGUUAGUUCACCAUACCAAGUAUUCAUGGCCCAUGUAGCGGAGAGCUGAUAUUCCACAGGUUAUCUCCACUCAAGAUUCCAGUGAGGCUCAGGAACAAGUAUUAAAAAUCCAUAAAGCAAUAAUUCCAGCAGGCAAGACAAUCCAAUAAUAUCCCAACAUCAAUCCCAAUGACUGGACGACACACAGCAUCAGGAGCAGAACUGAACUUUUAAUCACACAACCUUCUUUUAAAGCAUUCUCCCAUGCAAGGGAUGGAUUUACAGUAAUUACACAAUACACCAAUCAUACAUGAGUUGCCACCCACACAUCCCCUCCCUUUAGUAUGACACAUAAUCCCAUUAUGCAGAACACCGUUCCCCUAGUUUUCUGGGUAUACCCCUAAACAUAGUGGUACCCCUUUAAAUAUUACAUUCCCUGGAAGCCCUGAUCUGGGUGAGACACAUAUCCAAAAAUCACCCAUAUCGGACCAGGGGUUCGGGAAAUUCCUGGAGGUAAUAAAAAGACCGACUGCGCUGGAGUUAACAGCCGAAAGGGGUUCCAUACAUUUUGGCCCUGCGGUCGGUCACAGAAAAAGGGAAUGAAACACACGAAUGGCUUGGGUUAUGAAGACUGGGGAGGAUUCGGGUGAAUCCCCUUGUUCGUGGGGUUCUUUCUACCGAACGGGGAGCCAUUCGGUAGUUCUUACACGAAUUGGCAGCAGUGUGGAGGUCUCAGCGGUGUUUGUCUAACAGUGUCCGAUUUGAGUUCCAGACACUCAACGUCAAAACACCGCUGUUCAGGAGUUUUAAGAUGCCGCCGCCACGUGUUCGUCUCCCGAAUGGCAGCCACCCAGAGGACAAAGAACACACUACACAAAUUGCCAAUUACCCGUUUGCAACAUUGUUGCGAACGGUAAUUGGAGGCACACUUAUUCCUGGGGUGGUCUGAUUGUUCGGUAGUUUCACUCGCAUAAUAACUGGAGUGAUUUUACCGAACAAUCAGGCGAAUGCUGCGUACACUUUACAUACACAUGGCACAAUUUAACCGAAAACAUACGAAUACACAUAAUUCUGAGGACAGCCCAAUGCAAUCCGCUACAGCCCAUAUCUUAUGUAGAGUAGGCUAGCACUGCAACCAGUCCUGGUCAGUAUUACAUUUGCUGCCUCUGGGUCAAAACAAAACACACUUUUCCCUUCCCUUUGAAGUACCGUUUAACCUCAAGUAUGACAUAUCUUUCCCAAAUAACAUGAUAAUAUUGAAGGUCUGAAAUCACACAAUGUGCAUGUUCAGGAGGCUCCACAUCCAUAAUCUAAUAAUUGCAUGGAAGCCAAUCUUCAAUUAAUUUUAUUUAUUGAUUGGUAAGGUUUUUUUUUGCAUGCUUUCUUUUUGUGGGCAAUUGAAUGGUACAUAAGUAGCAAUAUAUAUGCCAUCAAUAUGACAGAAAUGGAUGAGGAUAGGGCUGGAUUUAACGUGUUACUUAACACCAAAUACAGGGAGAUUUAGAAACCUGUCUUGCUCUGAAGAUUGUUGUGAGGUUGUAAAAGCAUACCGUGUGUCCCCACAUUUACAACUUGUUACUUUUCUGUUCACGAAACCUUUUAUAAAUCUCUCUUCUUCAUUCCAAUUGUCUCUGUUUUCAGAAAUCCCAUCCUGAGACUGAGAAUCCAGCAGGUCAGAGCUGUGUCCAGGUAAAGCAGUGUCUGUGUCUUGCAACACUAUUGCCAUUGUCAGUAAUAAUAAUAUUGUGCUGUGUGGACUGCUACAUACUCUGUAGUUAUGGGGUAAGUUGUAAUCAUAAGUUGGGGAGCAGUAAAGAUGUGUUGCAUCACAUUCUUAAAUUUAUGCCAGGCCUUGCAGGCACUACUCUUUGUACAAGCUGCAAACUUCUCAUUCAGGCCCUGUUUUGUCAGUUUUUCACACAGGCAUAUUUGUUCCAAGACUAUACUCUGCCACUAUAACAAUUUCAAGUUGCCAUUUAACAUUACAGUUUAUUGCCAUGCAGCGUAUUACAGCAAGUGCAAAACACCAUCUUAUACAUUGCAUGACUCAUAUAUUCCUUAACUUCCCUUUUGUUUUAAUUCAUUCAGGAGCCUUGGCAUUGUCCUGGGCAGACUUACACCAUCAACCUGUACUUGGCAGAGAGUGGGCGACGUCUCUUGGAGACUACCAUGACAUUCACAUUGGAGCAGAAUUGCGUGCGACCAGACAGUGUAAGUGAAAUGGCAAAAAGCAGCUGCUUUUUUACUCUGGGCCAAAGACGUCCAUUUCCUCACCUUGUUGGAGACUUACUGGUUUGUUUUACGUUUUCUUUUCAGUUGUACCUACAGCUUUUUUUGAAGAAGGAUGACUCUGUAGGUUAUCGAGCCUUAGUCCAGACUGAGGAUAACCAGCUCCUAUUCCUUCAGCAGCCAGGUGAAUGCCAUCCCUGACACACUCCAUUAUUGACAAUUCACAUACCAGACCUCCAGCUUCCAGCAAACUGCCAGUACCAUGAACCAUUGCUAGCCACAUACUGUCUCUGGACCAGUGAAGGUUUAUGGGAGUGUUUUUAUUACCCCUGCUCUGUUCCUUUCAUUGUUUGUGUUUGUCACAGUCUUUGCUUUCUUGCAGGUAAAUUGCUCUGGUUGCGUGAGGAGUCUCUGGCGGAUGUGAUUACCAUGGAAAUGGUGGAUUUACCACUAACUGGUGCUCAGGCAGAGCUAGAGGGCGAGUUUGGAAAGAAAGCAGGUAUGAGAACUGUAUGAAGAGAUGUGGGGGUACGAGGAUCACAUCAUAUUGGUGUUAUUGGUUGGGAUGUUUACUCAUACCUCAAUUUCUUCUGUCUUGCUUUUUUUUUCUGCUGCCUGGACCCAGCUAUACAAGGUAACCUGGAGGAACUGUACCUGCAUCUGUUUUCCAUUACUUUUUAUUUUUUUGUAGAUUUGUUUAUCUCUUUACAAGGAAACAUGUAAUGGUUUCUUUGAAUAUUCCUGUUUGUAUUUGAAUGGGUAUUUUCUGGCUGUGCUUGUCGUGUUUUUUUUUUUGUUUUGUUUUUUAAUUCUCUUAAUAUUUUGUUGUAAAGUAUUUAUUUUAUUUAUUCCUCAAUGAUUUUCUUUGACUAUGUUCAUCUGGCAUAGAGGGUAGUCGUAGUGUGAGGAAUUAUUAUUGUUUAACCAGUCUUGAAGAAAACGGGCGCUUGUUUUUAUAAGCGCUAUUAUCAUGAAUGUAUAAAAUUGAAUAACAUAGGUGAUGCAGUCUGAAAAAUUGAGUUGCGGUGAGUUCAUCUGGUCAGCAGAGGGCGACUGCUGAUUAUCCUCUUUAUCUUUAGAUGGAUUGCUUGGAAUGUUUUUCAAGCGUCUAUCAUCACAGCUCAUAUUACUGCAGUCUUGGAGCGCUCACCUGUGGAAGAUGUUCUGUGAUGCCCGCAAGCCACGUAGUCAAAUCCGCAGCGAGAUCAACAUUGAUACUUUGGCCAGGGAUGACUUCAAUCUGCAGAAGAUGAUGGUCAUGGUGACUUCCUCUGGGAAGGUGAGACACCAGAAGCUGUCGUUGAACUGAUGGCUAGUGGUCUCCUUGUUGUUGGUAUUCUAGUGAGACAGAGGGAUCUGGGACUGCUAGAUAUGGUGUGACUGAUGGAAAUUACCUAACUUAGUGUGGUCUUGACAUCCUGUUUUGUUUGUUUGUAGCUCUUUGGGAUUGAGAGCAGUUCUGGCAGCAUCCUGUGGAAAUUUUACCUGCAAGGUGUGCUUCCUGGCUCCUCAUUCAAGCUGCUAAUACAGAGAACAACUGCGCAUUUCCCACAUCCCCCUCAGUGCACACUUCUAGUGAAGGACAAGGUAGGGCCAUAUCUCUAAGGUGUCAUCUGUUCAGGUCCGUCCAAAACGUAACCUUUAAUAUUCAUAGAUCGAUUAGAAAUCGCUACAAAUGCCGAAUAAAUCUUCUGUUUGUUUCUUUCAGGAGACGUCUGUGAGCUCGCUAUACGUUUUUAACCCUAUAUUUGGGAAACUAAGCCAGCUGACUCCUCCCCCUCUGCAGCGCCCCAUCAUGCAGUCCUUUCUCCUUCCCAUUAUGGAUCAUGAUUACGCCAAAGUGCUACUUCUCCUCGAUGAUCAGCACAAGGUGAGCUCAGUGGCCUUCACAUGAGGGAGAAGACACAAAGAGGUCGUAAUAACUGCUAAUUGGAUAGGCUCAGAGUUAGAGGAGGCUUUAUAAUGAUUUAUUUGGGGUUUUUCAAAACCAGCCUGGUUAAACGUGGAAUGCAUGUUCUUGUGUAAAUUUGUAUCCUUUGAGUGAGAGUUGCAUAUAGAAACUUUAAUGUAUUCAAUUCUUCUCACUGUUAGAUUUCCCAGCACACUGUUAUAAGAUUGUGACUGACAGACUAAAAUGGCCCUUAGUCCACUAGUUUGAAAGAAUUCAAUGUCUAGUUUACACUUUUGAGAUGCAUAUAGGCCACAAAUUAUAUUAUAAUAUAAAUUAUACUAAGGAGAUUGUCUAGGCAAAUGUUCACCCAAUAUUCUUUAAUGCAAUGUAUAGAUAGAUUAAUCUUUCCUACACAGGGAUAGUAGAUCAUAUUGCUGUCUACAUGACACUAAGACUGAGGCGUUAUAAGAUAACUCUCUUCCAUGGGAGUCUGUUUAAAGGAACAUUGUGCUCUUCAAUCACUAUCUACAUUGAUUAAAUGAGCAGUAUAGGGUCAGGAACACAAACGUGUAUUCCUGACCCUAUAGUGUUAAAACCACUAUCUAGCCCCCUUGACCCACUUUCCUCCCUAAAGAUAUUAAAAUAUUACUUGUAUUCAAGUCUGAAGCUGCUGCCUCUGCCUGUGAAUUUCCUCUGACCUCUUACUUCAUCAAAAGUGGUGGCUUGAAUCAACCACAAUGCUUCCCCAUAGGAUUGGCUGAGACUGACAAAGAGGCAGAUCAGGGGCAGAGCCAGCAUGAUUCAAACACGGCCCUGGCCAAUCAGCAUCUCCUCAUAGAGAUUAAUUGAAUCGAUGAAUCUCUAUGAGGAAAGUUCAGUGUCUGCAUGCAGAGAGAGGAGACACUGAAUGUUUGGAUGCAUUUUAGGCAGCCAUGACGCAGGAAGGAUCUCUAACCGCUAUCUAAGGAGUGGCCAGUAAAGUUAUCACUAGGCUGUAAUGUAAACACUGCAUUUUCUCUUAAAAGACCGUGUUUACAGCAAAAAGCCUGAAGGUAAUGAUUCUACUCACCAGAACAAAUUAAAUAAGCUGUAGUUGUUCUGGUGACUAUAGUGUCCCUUUAACUGUACAUGGGCCUGGUUCACAUAUACUCUAAUGAGCAAAUAUAUUCAGCAGCUCCAUUUCUCGAUGCUUAGCCAAUUAGCGGUGAUUUUCCAUGCUUUAUUUUAAUGUGAACUACAUAACUGCCUGGUUCACUGUUUUAGCAUCAGCCGAGCAACAGACCUUGCAUGUGCAGUCCAAUGCACAGUUUUUCUUAUUGUGCAUGUGCUACACACACACAUCAGGAUCAAAAUUAAUAUCAACUCAGAACAAACUGAUUGACAUCCCUAAUGCUCUGUCUAUAUCAGCUGCAAUUUUUACAAUUCAUUCUCUGCUGCCCCUGAAAUAAUGAAGAAUUUUACCUCCUCAUUAUCUGUACAAAUUUCGCAAAGAAAGGCCAUACAGUCCAGUGUUGGCAUUCUUUGCCGUCCCGAUAAAUUUGUAGGGUGUAUCUGUAUGGAUAAUCUAGAUAAAGCUUCUCACUAUUUGUCAUCCAAUGUUUUAAUUAGUUAAUGUGUUAAUUGUCAGAAAGUCAAAGGCCAUAUACAGUUGUAAGAAAAAGUAUGUGAACCCUUUGGAAGGAUAUGGAUUUCUGCACAAAUUGGUCAUAAAAUGUGAUCUGAUCAUCAUCUAAGUCACAACAAUAGACAAUCACAGUCUGCUUAAACUAAUAACACACAAAGAAUGAAAUGUUGCCAUGUUUUUAUUGAACACACCAUGUAAACAUUCACAGUGCAGGUGGAAAAAGUAUGUGAACCCCUAGACUAAUGACAUCACCAAGAGCUAUUUGGAGUGAGAUGUCAGCCAACUGGAGUCCAAUCAAUGAGAUGAGAUUGGAGGUGUUGGUUACAGCUGCCCUAUAAGAAACACACGCCAGUUCUGGGUUUGCUUUUCACAAGAAGCAUUGCUUGAUGUGAAUGAUGCCUCGCACAAAAGAGCUCUCAGAAGACCUACAAUUAAGAAUUGUUGACUUGCAUUAAGCUGGAAAGGGUUAUAAAGGUAUCUCCAAAAGCCUGGCUGUUCAACAGUCCACGGUAAGACAAAAUGGAGAACAUUCAGCACUGCUGCUACUCUCCCUAGGAGUGCAAGAGCACAGCGCAGACUGCUCAAUGAUGUGAAGAAGAAUCCUAGAAUGUCAGCUAAAGACUUACAAAAGUCACUGGCAAAUGCUAACAUCCCUGUUAGCGAAUCUACAAUACGUAAAACACUAAACAAGAAUGGAUUUCAUGGGAGGAUCCCACAGAGGAAGCCACUGCUGUCCAAACAAAACAUUGCUGCACGUUUACAGUUUGCACAAGAGCACCUGGAUGUUCCACAGCAGUACUGGCAAAAUAUUCUGUGGACAGAUGAAACCAAAGUUGAGUUGUUUGGAAGAAACACACAACACUAUGUGUGGCGAAAAAAAGGCACAGCACACCAACAUCAAAACCUCAUCCCAACUGUGAAGUGGUGGGGGCAUCAUGAAUUGGGGCUGCUUUGCUGCGUCAGGGCCAUAAAGGAUUGCUAUCAUCGAAGGAAAAAUGAAUUCCAAAGUUUAUCAAGACAUUUUGAAGGAGAACUUAAGGCCAUCUGUCUACCAAGCUGAAGCUCAACAGAAGAUUGGUGUUGCAAAAGCAUAGAAGUAAAUCAACAACAGAAUGGCUUAAACAGAAGAAAAUAUGCCUUCUGAAGUGGCCCAGUCAGAGUCCUGACCUCAACCCGAUUGAGAUGCUGUGGCAUGACCUCAAGAAAGCGAUUCACACCAGACAUCCCAAGAAUAUUGCUGAACUGAAACAGUUCUAUAAAGAGGAAUGGUCAAGAAUUACUCCUGACCGUUGUGCACGUCUGAUCUGCAACUACAGGAAAGUUAUUGCUGCCAACGGAGGUUCAACCUGUUAUUAAAUCCAAGGGUUCACAUACUUUUUCCACCUGCACUGUGAAUGUUUACAUGGUGUGUUCAAUAAAAACAUGGCAUCAUUUCAUUCUUUGUAUGUUAUUAGUUAAAGCAGACUGUGAUUGUCUAUUGUUGUCACUUAGAUGAUGAUCAGAUCACAUUUUAUGACCAAUUUGUGCAGAAAUCCAUAUCAUUCCGAAGGGUUCACAUACUUUUUCUUGCAACUGUAGCUGAACUGAAUUAAUAACGGACUUGAAAUUCACUUUGAAUUACUGGUAAUUCACCCUUUUGUCAAUAAGCCUGAUUUAGUUCUCAUUUUACAGAGUGAUAUUAAUGGUAUUGAGAAUAACCCAUUCAAUCGUUGCAGGUCAUCACCUUCCCUGCCACAAAGUAUGUUCUGCAGCAGCUGCAGGAAUUGUCCCCCACCGUCUUCUUCUAUUUGGUAGACUCUGAAAAAGGCAAACUAACAGGGCUUCGGCUGCACAAGGUACCCAUAAGCCAAGGAGCUUUAUAUUCCUUUCCUUCUCGCUCUCUCUUCUAAACCCGGUAAAUUUGUCCCCACUGCUUGUCUUCCUUUAGGAUCUUUCCACAGAGGAGAUUUGGGAACUGGUUCUCCCCCCAGAUCUUCAGAAAAUAACGGUUGUGAAGGGAAAGCGAUCUAAUGAGCAUGUCCACUCCCAGGGCCGAGUGAUGGGUGACCGGAGCGUCCUUUAUAAGGUAAGGAUGUGGGCCACAGGUUAUAUAGAAAGUAUUCCAGAAAGCUGGCAGGCAGUGUGUGGAGGAGACAGUGUAUCACUCCUGGCCAUUCCGAAUGUUUACAAUUCAAGGAGACCUGAACUGUCAUUUCCUUUUCCUCCCUUGUUUUUAUGUAUAACAUUUCUUCACUGUUCAUGUGGUUAUGAAGAAUCUCCUGUACACAGUCCAUAAUUGGGGCUGUUGAUUAGUCCAAUGCUUUUGGCACUCAGUAGAAUACAUAGAACUAUAUAUUUGUGUGCUCUGGUAUGCCAGGUAGCACCAUAUUCAAAAGAUUAAGAUUUCUUUUAUAGAAUGUGUUUAUUUGUCUCUGCCUUUUCUAUCUUAGUACCUGAAUCCCAACCUGCUGGCUGUGGUGACAGAGAGCACGGACACACACCCCGAGCGCUGCUUUAUUGGAAUCUAUCUCAUAGAUAGUGUCACAGGACGUAUCAUUCAUUCGUCUGUACAGAGAAAAGCUCGGGGCCCGGUGCAGAUUGUGCACUCUGAAAACUGGGUUGUGGUAAGAUCCCGUAACUCUCUUCUACGUCAUCUAUCCUGUGUGUAGUCUAAACGCCUCCCAAAACCCAAUCCUGUAACUCUCUUCUACUUCAUUUAUCCUGUGUCUGGUCUACACUCCUCCCAAAACCCAAUCCUGUCUUUUCAUACAGUACCAGUCCUGGAACAGCAAGUCUCGCAGGAAUGAACUGACUGUCUUGGAGCUGUUUGAAGGAACAGAACAGUAUAACAGCACUAAUUUCAGCUCCCUGGACAGGCCUCACCUUCCACAUGUCCUGCAGCAAUCCUACAUCUUUCCUUCUGCUAUCCGUGCACUCCAGGCAACUAUCACAGAACGUGGCAUUACCAGCCGCCAUAUUCUCAGUGAGUAUUGUAAUUAAGACGAAUAGAGCAUCAUGGGAAAUACGGUACAAACAGAAGAAUAUGCAGGUCCUUCAGUUACACCAAUAAGACAAAUGAAAUCUGUAUCCUGUAUUAAAGCUGCUAGAAACCAUGGGGUUCCGUGAAACUGCUCCAGUUAAAGGCAACCAAUAGUAAUGAAAAAAAAUAAUGUUUUAAUAAGUUAAAUAAAGAUUACUCACCUAGUUUCCAACGCCUGGAUUCCUCUGCUCCAGGCGCCUGCUCUGCCUUCAAGGGUUUUAGCUGCUGAUGUCCUCACUGUUUCCUCCAAUCCAUUGCUUCUCAUACAAAAGCAAUUGCUUGGAGGUACACAUGCUCGUCCAAAUGCUGCACUUCUCCAAUUAAAUGCUGCUAGCAGCAACAUUAAUUCCAAGAAAGACUUUUACUCCAUUUUGGAUGAGGAAGCGCCUUGGAUUUAACCCUGCAAUGUAAAUGUUUUAAAUUACAGGGUUAAAAGGACAGGGACACUGCACCCAGACCACUUCAUUUAGAUGGAUUAGUCUGAGGGCCUUUAGUGGUCCUUUAAUAAUGACAUUCUGUGGGAGUUUUGAGCAUAGGACAUAAAAUCUGAUAUUCGAUGGGUUGGGGCAAGCUGUUACUUUUAGAAAGGGUGAGAACAUAUUGGUAGUGCUAUGUAACUACAUGAUCCUAUAAAAAAAUCUCCUCUGUUAUGAGGUCUGAACGUCGUUUUCUAUAUAGGAACUAAAAAAGAUAACUGUGUAAAUAAAAUGUGUUCACAUAUUGGGGCAGCUGUUUUAAUGCAAAUUUUUUCCUGAUUAUUUAUUUUAACCAUCUGUGUGCUGCUUAUAAUAUUUCCACCCGUUGAGUUUACAGAGAGGUUCUUAGUGUAGGUUUGUGAAUGAAAUCAUUCUAGGCAUAAUUUUGAAUUUGUUUUUAUUCCUGUAGUUGGGCUGCCGUCUGGUGCUAUCCUGUCUCUCCCCAAAGCGUUACUGGAUCCACGCCGUCCUGAGGUUCCGACAGAAUACACUAGGUGAGAUCAUAGUCCAGCAACAGUUUGCAUUCCUCCACACAAAAUGUAUAGAAUGUUUGUAAUAUUGGAAGACUUACACCUAAACACAGAUCAUCUUCUCUCAAUUUUAAUACCUCCAAUAUAUUGUUCUGUGUUUGUUUCACUGUACAGGGAGGAGAAUUUGAUCCCCUAUACCCCUGAUAUUCAGAUUCACGCCGAGCGCUUUAUAAAUUACAACCAGACUGUUUCUCGAAUGCGUGGAAUUUACACAGCUCCCUCUGGCCUGGAAUCCACUUGUCUGGUAAGAAAUCUGUGGCUGUAUUGGGUUUAGUGUAAAAACUAUAUUAUUAUUUUAACAAACACACUGCACUUUUGGCUGGAAAAAUUCCAGCAAAAAGGAUACAGAGAAAUGGAUUACUGGGGUACUAAAAAGGGCCUAACCUUUAUAUUGACAAAUAUACAAAAAGAAAGAAUGAGGGGCAAAGAAUCCCCGAAACACCGGGAACAAAUCCCCUCAAAACUAGUACCCUCUCUAGAGCAAUAGAAAUAUUAUUAAUUCAAUAUUUUUAUGGAUUUUCGGCAAGCAGUAGAAGGUUGCUAUUUUGGGCUGACGAUUAAGAACAAAUUCAUACUCGUCACCCGAUAGCAACCCUCCACUGCGGCCUUCAUCCAAGAUUUCUUUAUAUUUUCCCAAAUAAUCAUUGGUAGGGUCAAAUUUCAGGAUCCUAUAUGUUUUUUCAUCACUCAAGGUACGUUCCACCAUCCCUAUAUAUUUGCUUGUAUCAAGGAUUACUACAUUGCCCCCCUUAUCGGCUGGCUUAAUAAUAAUACUAGUAUUUGCCUUAAGUGAAUCCAGAGCAAGCCUCUCCUUUUUAUUUAGAUUAUUAUUUGAGUGGUAAUCAAAAGAUUUGACAUUAAUUUUUUCAAUUUUGUUCUUUGCUGCCUCCAAAAAUAAUUCAAUAUUCCGGAAACCAGCAAAGUUCGGUGUAUAUCUACUUUUCGGUUUCAAAUCCGUACGAUUUAGGACAUUCGUUGUAUCAUUCUCCUCCAAGAGGGACAAUAGUGUGGUUAAACACUGAUAAUCUUUGGAUGUGAGUCCUAAGUCCCUCGCUUUUUUCUCAUUUUGUAUAUAAUGGAAUUUAAAUAAAGCGAGUUUUAGAACAAAAAGAUUCAAAUCUUUGAUCCACUCAAAUCUGUCAAAGCAGGUAGUUGGAACAAAAGAGAGACCCCUUUCUAAAACAUUAAUUUGGUCCUGAGAUAAUAUACAUGAGGACAGAUUAACAACCUGGGAUUUAGAGUGGGUUAAACCUAAAGUCUCAUUUAAUAUCGUGUCCUUCUCCCUCCUCCCCUUCCCCCUCUUCCUCCCCUUGGGGUUAGUCUGAUAUCUCGUACGUUGGCUUGGAAAUUCCUCCUGAUGGUGUAGGGCUAAAAAAUUCUCCCCUUUUUUAAGAAUCCCCUUGGGGUUAGAAUUACUCGUGGAGGUGGAAGGUUGUGUUUGGGAGUUGGAUAUAUUUUGUUGGCUACUAGAGUCUGUAUCGGAUGAGUCAUAAUCUGACGUCAAUAGACUGUUGCUAAUUUGAAGUAGCCUUUUUUCACUACUACUUUACUGGAAUUUUAGCAACUUAGUAUCGAGGUGCAUUAUUCAGUUGUGUGCACUUUAGGCUGAUUCUUAAUGUCCCUCUAUUCCUAGUUUAUAGCAGUUUGGUGUAUUACAAAAAUUAUAUAUGGGACUUUUAAUGUUUUUUCACUUUGUGUUAUACACGGUUAGUGGGUAAAUAGAUUUCUAUUGCUCUAGAGGGGGUACUAGUUUUGAGGGGAUUUGUUCCCGGUGUUUCAGGGAUUCUUUGCCCCUCAUUCUUUCUUUUUGUAUAUUAUUAUUUUAACAUUUUUUUUUUUUUUCUUCGUAGGUUGUAGCUUACGGCUUGGAUAUGUACCAGACAAGAGUUUAUCCUUCCAAGCAGUUUGACGUACUAAAAGAUGAUUACGAUUACAUCUUGAUCAGCAGUGUACUGAUUGGACUGGUUUUUGCCACUAUGAUCACAAAGAGACUUUCUCAAGUUAAAAUGCUGAACCGGGCCUGGCGCUAACACAAUUAAUUAGAUGGAGAACAAGCUCUUCGUACAAAGCAUCUUUAUGCAAGGAAAUGGACACUAGGUUCUGAUCGUCUGCAGUGAAUUAGUAAUUUAUUAUUCACAGAAACAGAGAAACUUCAAAGGGUCAUCAGGGAUAUUUGAUGACCGGGAGAAGGACUGAUAUCACAGCUAAUAUUUCUUGCCCCUUAUUCUAGUGUCUGACCUGCGCUACCGUCAUACAGUUAAUUAUCGCCUUAGCGAUUUGUCCAUGGUUCAAAUCCUUUUUAUUUUUUCUGGACAACAUUGUCAUUUCCUCAUCUGAUCGUAAAUCUGCACAGUCAUUUUUUUUUUUUCCUUUUAUUUCCCUUCUAUGUUAAUGGUUAAAUUCCCCUCUUGCCAAUCUUUUAUAUAUUUAUUAUGUUUUCUUCCCUGAUUUAAAUAACAGGGUGCCACCAUUUUGUUUUCCUCUGUCUGUGAUCUCUGCACUAUCCCAUUUUGUGUGAUUAUUUUAAACUGUUGGAUUGUGGGUGAAUUAAGUUGUCUACUGAAAUGAAACUUCCCUUAAGCUUUAUCUUUUCCUUCUUCCAUAUAACUAAACCUCUAAAGGUGAUUUAAACAUAGUAAGAAAACAAGGGGUUAAGGGGGACACAAAGUUUUAUUCCUAAAACUACAGUGCUCUCUGAUUGUAUAUAUAUAUGUGUAUAUAUAUUAUGCAAAACAUAGCAUUGCCAUAUUUGGUGUUCAUUAAGGGAGGAAUCUGCUCUACAUGGGGCUGUAGAUUUAAAAAUCUGUUUAUUUUAUGUCUGCUGAAAAUAUUAGUUUCCCAAAUUGAUGUGGCAAAAAAAAAAAUACUAGCAUAGGCCAUUUUAUUUCUAAUACAAUGUUUUUGUUUAAAUAUAAGCAUUGUAAUCACACUGGACCCAGAAUAUCUAAAUUUAAAAUUAUAAAACUAUCAUGACUUGUAAAGAGCCACUAAAAUGUAGGUAGAAGCAAAGUUAAAAAAAAUAUAGCCACAAAAUGUGGAUUUUUAAAUGGCUAUCUUUUUUAAGUCUGCACAGUCUGUUUAAAAUAAACUUGUCCACAAAUUGUAAGGAUGGCAUCCGGAUAGGUAUAACUGUAGUGAGUUAUCCACACGUUCACAGAUUAAAUUUCUGAC